AUGCCUGUCCCUCUGCGGACCCCAUUUCAUAAGGCGGCGGAUGCAAAGUACAACGUCACCACAGAGUUUCCCAGCCUGGGGCUGCAUGCAGCGGCCGCAACUGGAAAUGUGGGGCUUGUCGAAUACGCCUUGGACCAUGGCCAGCCUGUCAACUCAGUUCUGGAUGGCGUUCUCCCUCUCCAUGCUGCUUGUGCGGGCGGCAAUGUACAAAUCGUAAAGGUGUUGAUAGAUCAUGGCGCGGACGUCAAUGCACCUCGGCUGCCAAGAAAGUACUCCGACAAGAACCGCGAUGCAUCUGCUCCCAUCGUUGGCACCUCGGGUUCCACUCCCCUCCACUUCGCCGCCGCAAAUGGCAAUACCGAAGUUGUGCGGCUUCUCCUCCUGCAUGGUGCCCACGCCAACCGCGCGGAUAAGCAUGGCAUCACCCCAGAGACUCUUGCUCAGGAACAAGGCUGGCUGGAGUGUGCUAAGUUGUUGAGGGACUGGAUUCAGAACAAGGAUCGCGACCUCAAAGAGCGAGAAGGCUACGAUACGAGAACCCGAGCAGGCUCUACCGGUCAAGACCCAUCCGACACCUCUUCUGUGCCGCGAAGACGAAUACACGGCACCCAAUCAACGCAUACAUCAACGCCGCCUGCAUCUCCCUACAAACCAUUGGGCGAAUAUACUUUCUACCCCGUCGAUUCCUCUCUUCCUAUCGAUCCCGGUUCCAGACGGCCUUCCCUUCCCCAAAUACUCCAAUCCCCACCUCCCAACGAACCAAGUAGAAAUCGGAAACCUUCUUCGACAGUCUCCUCAUACGACCGCCCAAGGCAACGGCGACCACAGUCAGCAGGUACCGGCGCUGACCGAAAUGACAGUAAACCUCCACAGGAUUUUGUUUAUCCUUAUGGCAGAGGUGGCUCCGGUCGCAAGCUGGGCAGCAAAUACUCCCUGAUCAACAUCUUUAAGAAAGCGCAGACUGCUGAUGGGGGUCUUGAAAGCACCACAUCCGAGCCUGGGUCCACACGGGACAGUCCAGCUGCGUCAAGCGCGGCUGUUGCGUCCAAUGGUACUCCUCCCCCUCUCCCUACCAAUCUCGGCUCCGCUGCACAUGCUUCAACUCCUGACUUGUCGGAAAGCGUACGCGGGGGUGUUCAUCCUAUCCGUGCCGCCUUUAUGCACCGUGGUAGUGAUGCAUCCACCAAAGGCGGUCGGGUCACCCCAAAUCUACCACCAAUGCCCAGAAAGGCAUCCGGAAACCUUCGCACACCACCACGAGCCAAUGCGCCUCUCGCGGUUGAGAUGCACCUCGCUCUUGCGCAACAGCAGCGUACAAAGCCGGGCAAUGGCGAUUUUGAUCCAACGUCGGGCGAAAACGAGAGCUUCAAACCCUCAAGCCCAUUGGCGAGAUUCAAUCAAACACGCUCGCCACCAUCCACAAACGCUACGCCACCAGAUACAAGUCUAACACAGCCCGACACCAUUGACACCCCUCUCACGAACGGCGAAUUCGAGACAGGCAAACCCAUCCCUAGCCCUAGCAUGCGGCCUGGAAUUUUGAGAGGGCAUAACCGCACGUCUUCAACAGGACAAGGAUCCCCACUCAAUUCGCGCACAUUACGGUUUGAUUCCACGUCGAGCGUCCCGGGCAACGAGCGGAAAGCUAAGGACAGUCCGCGAUCCAUCCCACCAGCUCUGCAUUCGCACAGCAGCAUCAGCUCUCUCAAUAAAUUCAAUGCCCCGACAAGCCCUGAAAUUAUCGAAUUGCCGACCAAUGACGACUUUUGCAAAUCUCCUGCAAGCAAGCAAGACCUGGACGAUCCUGAUCAAGACGAGAGCUAUGGCGAGCUUAUCGUCAACGCCAACGACUUCCCUGGCGCACCCAACGUUCCAUCCGUGCUUUUGCAACGCCAGCGUGGGCUCUCCUUCGCCUCUUCUUCUCAAUCGUCCCUGUCGCCAAUCCUCUCUAGUGACUAUCCCAACGAUCCCUCCAUGACGAGCAUCUCCUCCGAGUUCCCGUUCAGCAUCAACCGUAACCCGCCGCCUCUACCGGCCGAUGAUGGCGACGACGCCACACAACCUACUACUGACCGCCUUGCCCCCAAGUCUCCAGAUACCCGGGGGCGCGGUGAUUCUUUGAGUAGUGAUAGCACCUCGGACAGUCGCAGCAACCCGCCGUUAAGCUCCAGUAUUACCAGCGGAAGUGGCACAAGCGUGACGGUGUCGACACCUGGACUAUCGACGAUCUUGAGCCUUCCAACUGAGCAGGACAAGACGGUAGAGAAGGUCAAGAGGCUGGAUGCAUCUUCCGACGACGAUGAAGGUGUCAAAGCUGGACAGAGAUCGGCCAGUUUAGGCACCAGUAUCAAUGAAAGACGGGCGCAUACACCCUUGGACAUCGAUAUUUCGUUGAUUUCGUCGCAUGCCCAAGCCGAGGCUUUAGUCGAACGAGCACGACAGGACGCCCUGGAGUCGCUUGACAUGGCCGGUGACCAGGAAGUUUCGCCACCCACCUCUGGCGCUGGUCGUACACCGCUCAGUGCCCGCUUGGCUGCGUACGGGGAGAGUUUGGCCCUGGCGAAGAGGUUGAAAGAACAGAAGGAAAGGGAAGAGAAAGAGAAUGCACAACUGCCUGAUUCAUUGACACCUGUCCAGUCGGCAAAGAGCCCUGAUAAGUCAUCUUUGGCAGUGCCGAUGAACACUUCAAGCAUUCCAAGGCAGAGGAGCCGGGACGGUGUCGAGAGACAACUGAGCUUGGAACACAAAUCCGCAACGCGGGUCAAGAGAAUUCGCAACGAUCCUCGUCGACCUUCCACUGCUGACGGACUCACCUCCAGGAAACCUGAUACGUUCUUCAACGAACGAUCGCUGACACACCAUCCCUCGCGUUCUGCUUCCAAUCAACCCUCAGCUUUCCUCCUUUCCAUUACUUCGCCCAACCCUCAAGCCACACCGUCUCCGCAGAACUUCCGAGCCUCACCUGAGCCCUUGCGCGAGGCAACUCUCAACCCAGAAUAUUCUGGACCUUCACGCCAGCCACCGUCCCCCGGAGAGUCUCUCACCCGUAUCAGCUCGGUUGAUUUCAAUAGCGAGGCGGACACAUGUGAGCCUGUGUCGACUGGCCCUUCCUCCGCACGAGCAAAGCACAGUAAGAAAUUGACCAAGAUGGGGUACUCGGCCAAUGAGCAAGCAGAAGCGGCUGCUGCUACUAGGACGGCUACGACAUCGUCGACACCGCCAAGUAAGCGGUUCGGUGCCUUCAAGAGUUUCUUCAAAGGCAAAGCAUGA